CAGCUACCACGCACUCUCUCUUUCUCUUCUUAUAUAUUCAUUACACAUUCUCUCUCUUUUUCUUGUUCAUGCAAUCUUUUUACCGUUUUGUAAUUUAGUUAUAAAUGGCUCCAGGAACUCUAACUGAGCUUGCCGGAGAGACUGAGCUCAACUCUAAGUUCGUCCGGGACGAGGAUGAACGUCCCAAGGUUGCCUACAAUGAGUUCAGCACGGAGAUACCCGUGAUCUCUCUCGCUGGAAUCGACGAUGUUGGUGGGAAAAGAGGAGAGAUCUGUCGUCAGAUCGUUGAUGCUUGUGAGAACUGGGGGAUCUUUCAGGUGGUCGAUCAUGGAGUGGAUACUAGUUUGGUGGCGGAUAUGACUCGUCUUGCUCGUGACUUCUUUGCUUUACCUCCUGAGGAGAAACUCAAGUUCGACAUGUCCGGUGGUAAAAAGGGAGGAUUCAUCGUCUCUAGUCAUCUUCAGGGAGAGGUUGUUCAAGACUGGAGAGAGAUCGUGACGUAUUUCUCGUACCCGGUGAGAAACAGAGACUACUCACGGUGGCCGAGUAAGCCGGAAGGGUGGGUGAAAGUGACGGAGGAGUACAGCGAGAGGCUAAUGGGUUUGGCUUGUAAGCUUCUUGAGGUUUUGUCUGAAGCUAUGGGGCUUGAGAAAGAGGCACUUACCAAUGCAUGCGUCGAUAUGGACCAAAAAAUAGUUGUUAACUAUUACCCAAAAUGCCCUCAGCCUGAUCUUACCCUCGGACUCAAGCGUCACACUGACCCAGGAACCAUAACUUUGCUGCUCCAAGACCAAGUCGGUGGUUUACAGGCCACACGUGACGAUGGGAAGACAUGGAUUACGGUUCAGCCUGUUGAAGGAGCUUUUGUUGUCAAUCUAGGCGACCAUGGUCACUAUCUGAGCAACGGGAGGUUCAAGAAUGCUGAUCACCAGGCGGUGGUGAACUCUAACUCGAGCAGAUUAUCUAUAGCCACGUUCCAGAAUCCGGCGCCUGAAGCAACCGUGUAUCCGCUUAAACUGAGAGAAGGAGAGAAGCCGAUCCUGGAGGAGCCAAUUACGUUUGCGGAGAUGUAUAAGAGAAAGAUGAGUAGAGAUCUUGAGCUGGCUCGCCUCAAGAAGCUGGCGAAAGAAGAACAUGAUCACAAGGAAGCUGCCAAGACUCUAGACCAAACCAUCGCUUAGAUCCUUGUGUUGCCCUAUUACUAUUGUGUUGGUUCGGUUGUGUAACUUGGUACUGAAAUUAAGUUAUGUGUUUGGUGAGUUUGUGCUCGUUUCUUUUCUAUCAUAUAGAAAUAAUGAUAAUAAUGUCUAUGACAUAAACAAUAUGUGCCACUUACUUAUGUCAAAGCAUUAUCAUCAUCAACUUCAAUAGUACGACCA